AUGACUGUUUCCGACUUCAUACGAGAGAUAAACAAGACUCAUGCAAUUACAAAUAAUGAUCAAAAAUUUCAAGCUUUGACGAAACUUUUAACUAUUUCACCACUCGAAAAUAAGUUUAUUUCAUCCAUAUACAAUACUACAAAUCAUAAAGUCAAGAAUGUUACUACACAGUAUGAUGAAGAAUGGCCAGCUUUCAGUUUAGUUGUAAACAGUUUUGUUAAAUUCUGUGCCGAGAUGGAUCCAUGGUCGGCGCUUUGUUCAUUUGACUUAUUAACCACUUAUUUAAAUGACUUAUCAGUUGCAUUUAACAAUAAUACAUAUGGAUGGCUACUAUCAAAUGUUAUAAAAUCAACAAUUACCAUGGUGAUCCCAAUCUCAAUCAAGUUAGAUUAUCAAAUGUUUUACAAGGAGCAAGGAGGAAAAUAUAGGUUAAAUUAUAUGGCAAGUGUAAUUUUGAAAAUCUUCAACAAUAUAAGGAUAAAUGAUUCAAAUGUAUAUAAAAAAUCCAUAAUACUAUAUUUGGGGAAUAAAUUAUGUUUUAUAUAUUGGAAACUAGAUAACCCAUUAUUAUGUAUAAACAUUUUUAGUAAUAUGAACAAUACAUCUUUAAAAAUGAAAGAAUUUCCACUACUGGAACAAAUCAAGUAUAAAUAUUAUUUAGGUAAAUUUUAUUUCAUAAAAUAUGAAUUUAUAAAAAGUUUUGAAAAUUUUGAAUGGUGUUUAUUACAUACAUCAAGUUUAAAAAAUCAAAAAUUAAUAUUAGAAAAUUUAAUACCUAUAAGUUUAAUCGUGGGGAAAAGACCAGAUUUUACAUAUUUAAGAUCAAAAUAUGGUAAUGAACUUUCGAUGCUAGAAUUUUUAAAUUUAUUCGCACAGGUUUCAAAUGCUGUUAAAGUUGGAGAUUAUAAUACAUUUAAAAAAUUAAUCAAUGAAAAUUAUAAAUACUUGAAAAAUAAAGGUAUUCUUUUAAUCAUGAAUAAAAUUGAUAUUUUAAUCUUGAGAAAUUUAUCUUAUAAAGUUUGGUCAAUACAGGGAAAACAACAAAAUCUAAAUAUAAAUUUAGUUCCGAUACCUAUACCGAAUUCUAUACCACCCAAUGAUCAUUAUUUUUAUAAGGAGAAUGUUUUUGUGACAUUGAUUGAUACAGGAUUAAUUAAAGGAAAAUUGAUCGGUUCAAACUCAAUAGCUUUAAGUAAAGUAAACCCUUUCCCAGAUGUAUUUGAUCAUUAUUAUAAAAAAUUUUACAACGGAAGCAGGUCAAAUAACGGAUGGAUGUAA